GGCUUUUUUUUCCCCCCUUUGUUUUGUGUGUGAGAGCAGCUUGAGGAGGAAAUCCAAUGCGUGCCCGCCUUCUGGCUUUGCACAGGAACUUUCCAAGAGCUGAAAAUCAAUUUGUGGCAGGCAGGAUCCUGCAAAUCACUGCAGCAGGGUGAGGAGGGGGGUGAUUUGGGGAGGAUGGUGUGUCCCCAUGGUGCCCAACAGCACAUGCAAGAGCAAGGGGCCGGGGCAGAGUUGGGCAGGUCUUGUUUGGAAGCUGCCACCUCUCUCUCAAUUAGGGCUGCGUGGUAAGUGGGUAAUUAGAUCUCUUCGGCUGCAACCGGCUGGAACUUGGGCCCUAUCAAUUAGCCUUGCUCUGGAUGAUGCACAGAGGGACGCAGAGCCAGUAAUGAAAUGUGGUUAUGCCAGGCAUCACCCAAGGGUGGGGGUGGCAGGGGCGAUGGGUGCACCCACUUCUGGGGUGCAGGUCUCUCACUUUCACUGAAAUUGCAGGGUUUGGGUGUGGGGUUGUCCUUUCACGGCGGUUUGGGUUUACCCACCUUUGCAGCACCACCUUUCCUGCUGGUCUCCCUAAAACCAGCAACUUAUUCAGCUCCGCUGCAGGAACAGAGGUGGCACCAGUGGAGAUGGGGACAUUGGGCAUCCUCCUUGAGCUGACGGUGGGUUUUUCUCCUUGUCCUCUCUCCCAGGUCUGCCAGCGUCUCCCUGUGGCCAUGCACCGCUGCCUGUCCCAGCCGGCUGUCCUGGGGCCAGUGUAUCCGUAACGCCCUGCCUGUCAUUUCCCAGGUGCCUGCGGGGUGGCAAGGGGGUGCUGGGGAGAGCCCGUUUCCCAGCGGCACCUAAAACAUCAGCUGCUUGCACGGUGAUGCAUCUGCCUCCCCAUAAUUAAUUUUAAAGAGGAAAAGGCAAAGUGCUGACUAAGCCAGGCCUUUGCCCUGUAAAGCUGCGUGAUUCAGGAGCUGCUGAUGGCACAGCCUUGUCCUGUGCAGUAUUUCUCUGAGGUUGGGAAAUGCCUCCUUUCCCUGCUCCAAAUUAAAGAAACCGUAAUAUUUACCAUCAUUAUCAUCUGCAGGACCCAAAAAUAUUUUUGCACCGUGCAGGAUCCCAGGGGCACAUGCUGAGCCCCAUCCCCAUGGGACACAGCGUGAAGCAGUGCUUCCUUCCCCCGGGUCCCAAAUCAAGACAAAUUCUCAGGAGGCAGGAAAACACGGGCAGGUGAAGGGGCACUGUCAGGCCACUGCUAACCUCUCCCUCCAUUUCUUACAGGUCUAACGUCUCCGUUCCUGAACAUAAGUAGCCUCCAGGUGCCAUGGCACAGGGAUGGUGGUGGGAGCUGCUUGGCUCAUGCCAAGCCCAUGUUAGACCCAUUGGUGCCUGGCAGGCAGCCGGGGUGUGUUUUUUCAGCUCAGAUUGCCACAGUUGUAGAGUUCAAAGCCUCCCCUCUGGCUUUUCCUGGUGGAAACCCAGGUUUGCCUCUGUGUUUUAAAGCAGAAGCUGUAUUCUCUGCCGACAGGGUGGAAAUCAGUCCUUUCAGCUCAGCAAGGGAGGAGGCUCUGUGGGUGGACCGCGGGUGUUUCCCAAAGACCCCAAGCCAGAGGCAGUGAUAACAGUGAGGGGCCAUGAGGCUGCAUCUCAGGUGUCUUCUUGCUAAGAGGAGAAUGAUGUUAGGUGAUUGACAGUUUUUUGGUUGGGGCGGGAGGAACAAGAAUGUGAUAUUUUGGGAUGCCUCAUGAGUGUCAUGUCUGUGAUAUGAUGAUGAAGCCAUGGUAGAUGACUUUCAUCUUCUGGGGUGACGCAUGUCCCUGUGGCCCUGCCUUGCAGAGUUUGAUGGAGAAUCGGUCGGAUGACAGCAGGAACUGUUGUUAUCACCGGGGGAAUCCUAGCGACAGUGAUCCUACUGUGCAUCAUUGCCGUGCUCUGCUACUGUAGGCUACAGUACUAUUGCUGCAAGAAAGAUGACUCUGAUGAGGAAGAGGAGGAGGAGGAGGACGAAGAGGAAGAGCCAGACCUUCCCACACACUCGCACCUCGGCAUGUGCAAUGCCUGCAGCUCCCACAUGGUGGACGGCCAGGGAAGCCCUGCGCCCCCCGCCAGCGAGCUCAACCAGCACGGGGCUCACAACUACUGCCCGACCUGCUCCCCCUACGGCUCCCCCUUUUACAUCCGGACUGCCGACAUGGUGCGCAACGGGGGCGAGAGGGUCACCUACACCCCUGCAUGCUACAAGGAGAUGGGGCCGCCCAUUAACAUGGGCACCCUGCAGAGCUACCUGGUGAGCCGCCACAGCCUCCUCCGCGAGAGCUUCCCGAACCCACGGGCUAUCAGCACGGAGGUGUAGUCACCAUUGCCACUAGCACAGGGUGUUCCCAGACGGCACCUGCUCGAGGGAAGGGGCUUUUCACUUGUCUUUGGAGGGGGGUUUCUGCAGAAAAGACCCCAUAAGUCCAGCCCGAGACCAGCAUGGUCCUCCUGCUGAACCGCCCAGCGCAGCUGAGCUUUUUGGGCAAGAAGACAAGAGAGACCUCAAAUGACAACAUUGAACCGGUCACCUCCGAAUCCAUCAUAAGUGUCAUUAUUAUUCUACUCUAUCUCCUGAGGGGACUUGUCUAAUGAGGGCUAUGUACAGUACAACCUAAUUUAAUUACCCCAGGCUCCCCAACUCCCCAGGCCUAGAGUGAGGCAUUGGGUGUCCCCACACAGCCACCCGAGGCGAUGCCCACCACCUCUAGCACACAGAGUGAUACGUGACCCCCCACCAGCUGCUGCCCGUGGCAAAUCCUACUGCUGAGCUGGGAACAGCAGCACUCCUGGCCGAUGGGAAAGCAAAGAAGGGAAGAUCCAGAUCAUUCUGCUCCCCUUGUACUGAGUUAGUUGCCGCUAGCAGUUAGCUUUCAAUGUAAGAUAGGACACCUUCUACCACCCGCUCCGGUCUUUGCACAUUCUGAAGAAGUUCAAGACAGAGUUUAUAUCACUGCCGAGGGAAGCAAAGUUGCUCACAAAACCAUUCACCCACACAAGUGGUCACAGGAUGAUCUUUCUGCAGCCAAAGUCCCACCCUCUUUCACUCUUCACAAGCUUUUUUAGGAGUGAUUUUAACUUGGACCCAUAAAAACAGCAAGAUUUCACUUAUGGGAAGAAUUGCAUCCCUAAAUAACUGCAGUUUUGGUCAUCUUCAGCUUUCAAAGACCUAGCCAGGCCACCCUGACAGCUCCGGACAGCCACAGGAAGGUUGGCUUUAGGAUGGCUUUUGCUUUCAACAUCAACAACAGAGACCACCAGGUCACAUCUCCUCCUCUGAGGGGCCCACAACCUGCAAUGGGAAAGACGUGAUGUUCCAUUGGUCAGGAUCCCCUCUUCUGCUUUUGGAAGAAGAGGGUGCAAGACCCAAACUCGGGUUCACCGGCUCUGUGGCUGGUAAUGACAGCCAGUGACUCUGCCUUUCUGCAAAAAAUGAAUGUGGGAAAGUUCCUUCUUCCUCCAUAAAUCAGAUUAGGUGAAAAAUUACUAAAAGGACAUCUCCAUCAUUCACAGGCACUUCCGUAGCAACUGGUGCAGAACUGCUCAGCUGAGCAAUUCACAGUCAAUGCGGAAGGACCAGGACAGCAACAAUUCCCACAGCCCUGCAGAUGCUGCUGGAGGCAGUGAUAGGAAAUGCUUGCCAUGCCUUUGCAAUAUAGGGUACCACUGCUCAGAAAUUUGAGUGGUGGGUUGUUUUUUUUCACCACAGCAAUUUAGAAAUCAUCCUGCUGCUCACAGAAGGAUUUGGACUUAACCUCCCUGUUCAUGCACAGAAAAAGUAUAAGUCUUAGCAUAGAGGCGUGCACUACAUGAGUCUUGGAAUGUCUACGUUAUCAGGCAAAAGGCUAAUUUACACUUUGGGCCUGCCCAUGCCUUGGCACCUCUGCACCAACUACCCAAAGGAAGGAGACAAGACGAAUGCCAAAUGUGGUGACAGUCGUAGUAACCGAACACCUUGCCCCAGCCUGCAUUUUACACAGCCUUUUGUGCAAACUUUAUGCAUCAUCUUCCCCACCUCCAGCCCAGAAAGUCAUUGUAUUUCCAUUAUUCUGAGACUCAGCCUAACUGCAGUGCUUUUAGAGUCUCCUUCCAUUCUCCAAAUAGUGAUACCAGGUUUUAAAUGUCCUCUCACAUUAAGGGCAGGCAGGCAGGCAGACCAAAGUUAUCACCUACAAAGCUGUCUGGAUCCCACUGGGCAACAGUCCAUGCUUCCCAUCCAGCCAGUACUCCUCCCUGAAAACAAAGUCUGUAACUGGAAAAAAUAUCUUGACUAAGUCGGUAAAUGCCAUCGUUUUCCACUAGAGCAUCUGUUCAACUAGGUCUCAUCCUGCUGGAAGCCACGAGAAGUUAGUAUGUCCCAGCGUGAUCUGCGGGCUGCCACCUGCAAAGCUCCACCAGACAGCCCUGAAAUGCCGUUGCCUCAAAGGGCACAGAGCCAGCUCACAGGCACAGUGGCUCCUGACAUCCAACUCUACCUUUUGGCACGCAGCAAGGCUUCCCACCGCAACGACAGCACGUGCUGGGCUGCGACCAUCGGAGGGUGGGAAUAACACCGGGGCUUUUGCUUCUGUGGGUCACGCUUCUGGUGAAAACAACCGCAUCAUCCUCACAUGCACAUUAAGCGUGACCCGUCACUGGCUAACGAGGUGCCAAGGCUGGCAGGGCAGUUCCAGAAUAGCUGGAUAGCCAAGAGGGUUAGCCUCACAGGCAACACAACACCCUGGGUCUGGCACUGCUACAGGGAAACGGGUGAGUCUGAAAGGGCUGGAAACAUAGGAAAUGUAGCUGUGGGUUCGAAGGUUUGGAGGAUGGUGGAGGAACAGGAUGGGGUAGAGGCAGGGAUCCCAGAUUUUUUCAACUUCAGAUUCCUCCUGGUAUUAUUCUGUGUCUUUGUUGCUCAGCUAUGGGUCCAAAUUCAAUGUCAGAAAUAAAUGAGGACUUUGAAAUACAAA